AUGGACGAAUACAACGAGAAGACGGACACAUCCAACAAGAAAGGGGAUGAACUCAAGUAUGUUUGUGAUGUUAACAGCAAAGAUCAACCGUCACAGAGGUGCGAGGCAGUGGACGACCUUCGCAAAGCCAUUCCAGCUCAUUGCUUCAAACCCCUAUACCGCUACGCCUUCUACUACACUGUCCGAGACCUGGUUCUCGCCACAACUCUAUGUGCUGUUGCUUUCCUCUACAUCCCGCAGAUUCCCAACGCUCUGCUACGCACCAGUGCUUGGCUCUUAUAUGGUUACGCCCAAGGCCUAGUCCUGACCGGACUCUGGGUUCUCGGCCAUGAAUGUGGCCAUUCAGCCUUCUCGCCCUCUGAUACCCUCAAUAACACUAUCGGCUUCCUCCUCCAUUCUGCCCUUCUCACGCCCUACUUUGCCUGGCGCUCCACCCACCGCCGUCACCACAUUUACGCCAACAAUCUUGCCAAAGACCACAACUAUGUGCCUCCACGCAAGGCCGAAUAUCUCGCCCGUCUGUCCAGGUCCCUCGACUCUCUCGACCCCCUUGCCCACCUCGCUGAAGACUCCCCUCUUUCCACCCUCCUGCGAAUCGUUCUCCAGCAACUCGUCGGCUGGCCCUGGUACCUCUUGACUAAUAUCACCGCCGCUCCUAACAGUAUCUCAGGCCCGCCCUCGCAGCAUUUCCUCGGCAACAGUCAUUUCCUUCCAUGGAGCACGCUCUUCUGCCACUCUGAAGCAUACUAUAUCCUCGCCUCCGACAUGGGCAUUCUAGCGACUACAUUCCUGCUCUAUAAGCUCGUCCUAGCAACCUCCUGGCAAACCGUCGCCCUCAUAUAUCUGUUCCCCUGGCUCUGGCUCAACCACUGGAUCGUCGCAAUCACAUACCUACACCAUACACACCCGCAGGUUCCGAAGUACGAAGAUUCAGCAUGGUCCUUUCUACACGGCGCCACGGCGACGAUUGAUCGCGAUUUCGGAUGGAUCGGACGCCUUCUAUUUCACAAUAUCAUCGACUACCACGUCGUGCACCAUCUAUUUCCCCGCAUCCCCUUCUACCAUACUGCCACCGCCACAUCCGCCAUCAAACCGCUCCUGGGCUCCACCUAUCGCGAAGACCGACAAGGCGUGUUUCUGAAACAGCUCUAUGUCUCGUUCACACAAUGUCAGUAUGUCGAGCCUGUGGAUCCGUACGACGAGCUGCAUAGGCAGGUGCUAGUAUAUCGCGCGGGACCGGCGCCCGGACCAGUGUUUGGAAUGAGAUCCUAG